CGGGCCCGCUCCCGCUCCCGCUCCCCGCGGCCCCGCCGCCGCCCCGAGGGAUCCCGAACCACCAGCCGGCGUGGGCCGGGAAGGGGUGGAUCUCCGCUCAGACCCAUCGCAUCUCGGAUCGUCGCAGGUUAUCCGGAGGACGGAAGACCGGUCACUUGGUAGGCGUUACAUGGCGACGGCGAAUUCGACCAUCCCGCAGCAGACACCCAGCGACCGAGCAUGGGAGGAAAGAAAUGCAGCGUGUGGAUGUUCCUCCCUCUUGUGUUUACCCUCUUUACCUCCGCCGGGCUGUGGAUUGUAUACUUUAUCGCGGUCGAAGAUAACAAGAUUCUCCCCUUAAACGAGCCGGAAAGGAAACCCGGUUCGAAACCCGCGCCGUACAUAAGUUUUGCAGGCGACGUGCCUCCGGCCAGCUGCGUGUUUAGCCAAGUCAUGAACAUGGCCUCGUUCCUAGCCCUCGUGGUGGCCGUCCUGCGCUUCCUCCAGCUGAAACCGAAGGUGCUGACCCCGUGGCUGAACGCCGGCGGCCUGGUGGCCCUGUGCCUGGCUUCCUUUGGGAUGACCUUACUGGGUAACUUCCAGCUCUCCAACGACGAAGAGAUCCACAACGUGGGUACCUCGCUGACCUUCGGGUUCGGCACCGUGGCCUGCUGGAUCCAGGCCGUCCUCACCCUCAAAAUCAACAUCAAGAACGAGGGGCGGAAGACGGGCAUCCUCCGGGUGGUUCUGUCAGCGUCUAUCACCCUCUGCGUAGUCCUCUACUUCACCCUGGUGGCUCAGGGCAUCGCCAUGUACGCGGCAAGGAUCCAGUGGGCGCUGGUGAUGUGCUUCCUCUGUUACUUCGGCACUUUCGCCGUGGAGUUCCGGCACUACCGAUUUGAGAUCGUGUGCUCGGAGUACCAGGAGAAUUUCCUGAGCUUCUCGGAAAGCCUGUCGGAAGCCUCCGAGUAUCAAACCGACCAGGUGUAGCCGGCCGGGGGGAGAGGAGUGACGGCGGGGGGGAGGGCUGGAGGCCGACGCCGUGGCAGGAAUUCGUUCGUGAUCCCGUGACCCAUUUCUUUUCGACGCGCCCGUCCCCGACACGUUGGGCGGAAGGGCUACCCGGGGGGCUCCUUUUCUCUCCGGAAAAAGCACAAAGAAGCGGCCGGGCGGCCCCGCCGCUCCGGACGCGUCGAGCUUCCUUCUCCUCCUUCCCGUCAGCCUUCCGCGCUUCCGUCUCGUCUGCGUCGACGGACGGGGAGUCUCGGGGGGAAAGCGAGAGAUGGGGCCACCGGUCCAUCCCCGUCCAAGAGGGCCACGACCCCCCGGCCUCCCCAGCGUCCCGUCAGAGACGGAGCUCGGGGCCGCACGGUCCGCGGGGUCGACCUGAGAUGAUGCGGCCCGGGGCCGGCUGUUCUUCCGAUCUUCCGAUCACGAGGCUGAGCUCUCCGUCACGCCUCGGUCACGGUCGACCGUUUCCCCAGAUCGCCGGUCCAGGCUGGCUCACGGGAGGGAAAAAUCAGGAAUGGAGAGGGGACGGUUAAGGGUGUCCGGCUGUUCCGUCUCUCCGCCGUGAGGAUGGGUGUCCAGGAGAGCAGCCCACGCUCAGUGGCUUCAGGACAUUUCAAUCAAUUAGUCGGUCGAUUAGCGGUCUUUUUUGAGCGCUUGCUGUGCGCAGAGCACUCCCCUAAGCACUUGGGAGAGGACGAUACGAGAAAGCAGGUAGUCGCGUUUCCCGCCCACAGCGAGCUUAUACACUAGACGGGGAGAAGAGACACUUGAAGGAAUCAUCGAAAGUGGACUUGGGCCUCGACCCAGCCCGGUCUGGAUCCCCAUGGUCUGCCGUUCUCAACUGCACGUCGGAGACGUCGUCGGUCGUAUUUAUCGAGCACUGUACUAAGCGCCUGGGGGAAGACGAUAUAACAGACACAUUCCCUGCCCUCCCGACGAGCUUAACGUCAAGAGGGGGACCGCCCCCCUCGGUUCCCUAACCGCCUUCCAGACAGGUGACGCUCGAGUCAGCUCCCGGGAGAGGUCAGAGGGCGGAUCUUCGUUUUCUUAGGAAUGAGAGCCGGGGGGGGGGGAGUGAGAGCGUUCCCCCUGAGGUGGGAGAAGCCGGGGGACGGGGAGGAUUCACGUCCAGGUAAGCGCCCUCUCUCCACUGUGAUGGUCCCAAGGGGAGAGGAGGAAUGUUCUUUUCAGCAAAAAGAUCGUGACUUAAAGGCUCCAACCCGCUGUGGGCCUGAUCGUAUUUGUCGUCUACUGUGUGCGGAGCACUGUACUAGGCGCCCGGGUGAGUACGACGGAGCUGGCAGACCCGCUCCCUGUCCACCACGAGCUAAAAACGCAGAAAGCCUCAAAGUCGAAAUCAAGACAGCGGGGAGGGCCCGGUGCUCCCUUGCUCUCGCACGGGGGGAGGGGGCAGAAAAGCACAAAAUGAUUUUCCUCGGGGCCGCAACAGGCGGAGGAGGGUGGUCAAAUCUAUUUUGGAGUAGCGGAUAGGAUACGGGCCCGGGAGUCAGGAGGUCGUGGGUUCUAAUCCCGGGUCCGCCGCUUGUCUGCCGUGGGACCCCGGGCAAGUCGCUUCGCCUCUCCGGGCCUCGGUUUCCUCAUCUAUAAAAUGGGGGUUGAGAUUUUGAGCCCCGCGUGGGACGGAGACUGGUUCCAACUUGAUCUGCUCGUAUCCCCCUCGGUGCGAAGUACGGUGCCUAGCACGCAGUAAGUGCUUGAUGAAUACUGCCGUCAUCGUGAUUGUUAUUAUUAUUACAGGCCUCAGGUCACCUCAGUCAAUGAGUGGUAUUUAUUGAGCCCCGAGCACUGUGCUAAGCAGUUGGGAGAGUACGAUGCAGAAGAGCUGGGAGCCGUGAUCCCUGCCUUCGAGGAGCGUACAUUCUAGAGAGGGAGACGACAUUGAAAUAAAAUCUCAGUGCUCUUACGGCUGAGAGAAGGCGAAACAGUUGUGCUGGUGGGAUUACGAGCCGCAGAGAGAGGGAAGGCAGAGGCAAUCAGGCGCUGAUGAGAAGGGACCGUCUGGGCUAACACUGACGUUUCUAACUGUGCAUAUCAUUUUUAUAUUUUCAAUUUUUUUCGAAGAGGAAAAACAAUGAAGGUCUGUCACUUCUUUCCCUCUCCACGAGCUCAACCGACCUCCAUCACUGGGAGCUCCACUGUCUCUUUUAAAACGUCGUUUCUCUUGGCGCACUGUAGCAGAGCAAAUAUCUCCCACCUGGGGGGCUUGGGAUAUAAUCACUAAAUAAACUUUUUUU